AUGUCUGCUACUCAUCCUCCAAGUCUUGCAAAUCAUAAACCAGCAAAACCCUCGCUCUAUGGAGGUGGUCAACGUAAGUACAAUCAUCUUCAUAAAUUUCAAGUAGGUACUACUACUACAUGGUCUGGAUACACAAAUUAUACUGGAAAACCAUUGUUCAAUUCCAAUCGACAUACUAAUCAUCAUUCAAAAAAUUCAAUUAAUGUUCAAUCAAAACCAACUAUUUCACAUUUAUCGAAAGAUAAGAAUACAACACAACCCAUGAAACUUAUGUCAAUUAAUCCAAAUGAUAUUUUAUUUCGACAACCACCACGAAAAAAUACUGUUUCAAUGCAGCAAGCACAACAAAUGUAUCAACAUCAACAACAAAUAUCAAUAAAGAUUAAUCCAGAUCAAUAUUAUAAAAACACAAUGAACCAUCAAUAUCAAUCUCGAUCAAAUCAUCAAUAUCAAUCUCGAUCUCGAUCAAAUCAUCAAUAUCAAUCUCGUUCUCGAUCAAAUCAUCAAUCUCGAUCUCGAUCAAAUCAUCAAUAUCAAUAUAAAUCUCAAUCAAAUCAUCAAUCUCGUUCUCGAUCUCGAUCAAAUCAUCUCCAUCAAAAUAACAAACCAUAUGUCACUCAUCGAACACAUUAUAACAACAGACGUUCUCAAGAUUCUCGGGAAAAAACUCAUUCUCAUUCUCAUUCUCGAUCUCCUUCAUACAACAGAAAAUCGCUACUACUCUCAUCAAAGACUCAAUCGAAAAUAAUACCAACAACAACAACAACAUUAACAUCAACAUCGAAAAAGUUCAUACAUGGAAUCAUCUUAUCUGAUUCAAUGGCAUCAAAAUGUCGAAUGUUCAAAGUUAAUAUAUCUAAUUUAAUUAAUGUCGAAUUGAUUGCUAAAUCAGGAUGCAAUUGUGAACGAAUGGCAGAUUGGAUGGCAUCAGUUGAAGGAAAAACUAAAUUAAAUAAUACUUCUGUGGUUCUUUUUUCUUUAGGAACAAAUGAUAUAGCACAACUUGGUGUUGAUCUUACAUUAAAACGUUGUCAAUGGCUUAUUGAGUAUACACGUCGAAAUUUUCCUGGCAUUCAAACAAUUGGAUGGAUGAAAUUAUCGCCACGCUGGAAAUCCUCACGAUUUUUUUCAGGACAUGAAUUUACAAAUCUUCAUCGUGAAUUUAAUAAUCGAUUAUAUGUAUUAUCAAAAGAAAUAAAUAUUGAUGUGAUUGAUGCAAAAUUACAAAUAGAAGACAUAAGAAUACAAGAUGGUCUACAUCCAACAUUAUCAUCUGGUCGACAAAAAUUUGAAAAUGUACAACGACAAUGGUUUGCUCAACAAGCAAUGCAUCUAUCCAAAACAACUGUACAACAACAACAACAUAAUAAUAAUAAAAGAAUAAUAAUAACAACAAUGAACAACAAUAAUUUAACUAAUUUAUUAUCAUCACAACAAAAACAGCAACAAGCUAAAAUAACUAUCGGGCAAGUACAACUUAAUUCUACACAACCCUUUGUAGUAAACUAUACAAAAAAUAUAGCAAAACAUAUAACAAGUGAGAAAUAUUUCCAUCAUCCAUAUUUACCAAGUCGACAAUUAAUCAAAUUCUAUCCACAUAAACUUAAACAUCCAAAUCAACUAUUUCGUGAAAGCACACCACCAGAAAAUAUUGAUAAAGAUAAAGUUUUUCUUAUUGCAAAUUUAUAUUAUCAAUAUCGACAUUUUGAAGAUGAUGCUAAAAAAUGGCGAGUAUAUGAAACCGUAGCUUCCCGUAAAGAAACACAACAGAAACGAACGAUCCAUUUCUAUCAUAGUAAUUAUGAGAGAGAAAAUAACUUGACCAACAAUAACAACACUAUAGAUCGAGAGAUCCCAGAAGUUCGUAUAGGUCCUACUUCACCAAGAUGGUCAGGAAACGAAACAUUCGACAGUGAAACUAAUGGUGAAAACAAAGAGAAAGAAAGUAAAAAACGAAAAUUAAGCGAUACAUCAUUAUCACCGAUUGGCUUGAAUAUUCGAACAAGAGAAGAUAUGAGUAAUAUACAAAUGGAUGAAGAAGAUGGGCAGGAACAAGUAAUCGAACACUACGAUCCUCUAACACAGUCAACACCAACUGGACACAAUCUGAGUCAAUCUCCAAAUGUAUCAGUAUACACACAACGUGUAAUACGUCGAUCAUCGACAAACAUAGAAAUUGAGUCUCCAUCUGUAGUUUCAAAAGAUACAUAUAUAGAAGAACUCCAUUCAUUUGACUUUCCUAUCAUACCAUUUGAAUGCAAAUAUACUCUUGGUAAUAAUUGUAAUGCAGAAUCUAUAAAGAUACAUCGUAUCUUUAUAGAGAAAAAGACAGAGCAGAUGGAAACGAAAUUGAACAAUGAGAUGGAAAAAAUUCCAAUAGAACAAGGACGAAUACUCAAACAAUACAUUAUCAACAACAUUGAUCCGAUUGUAGAUACUUUCAAAAAAACGAAUCGCAAACGUAUUGAUAAUUUGAUUCUAGAUCAAAUGAAAGAGAAAGCUAUACGACAAAUAAAAAAUAAAUGUAGAAUAGAUGAACUCGAAAAAGUUAAAAAAUUAGAAGAACAAUACAUGAGAAUGUUGAAUCUACGAUUCCAAUUAAGAAAAUUAGAGAAACGAUUAAAUCUGAAUAUGCCACCUCCUUAUUUGAAUGCUAUAGAUAAAUUACAAUUACGUAGUAAAGAAUUAGAUAGAAAUGAGAUUGAACAAUUCACAGAACAAUGGAAUAAUAUAAUUCGACAUGCAAAGAAAGAUUUUACAUCCAUUAUGAUAAUGACAAAAACAGCUGAAAUCGAAAAGAUUGAAAAAAAAUACCAAGAAUCAUUAGAAAGACUACCAGAAUAUAUUCGAGAACCAUUCGACACUCUCAUUCAUACAAUUAAGAUAAGACAUGAUCAAACUACAGAAAAAAAGAUUCAUUUUUUAGAACGAAAAACCUACAGAACGAGAGAAACCUGA